AUGAAGGAGGACAAUUCUUCGAUUGCUGCUGUGAGUUUUCAUGAGGCCCCUAAAGGCCUGGCUGGAAUUUUGGCUUCGUUUGAAGACCUAUUCCAGAAACCCACCGAACUCCCACCAGGCCGGGACCAUGAUCACCAAAUCCUUUUGAAAGCAGGUACAGAACCAAUAUGCUUAAGAUCAUAUCGUUACCCUGCAUUACAAAAAACCGAAAUUGAGACAAUGGUGGAUGAAAUGCUGGAAAAAGGAAUCAUUCAACAUAGUCAUAGCGCUUUUGCCGCACCAGUUGUCUUAGUAAGAAAGAAAGAUCUAUCUUGGAGGUUGUGUAUUGACUAUCGCCAACUAAAUGCAGCUACAGUCAAGGACAAAUUUCCUAUUCCCAUCGAAGAGUUACUGGAGGAGCUUCAUGGUUCUAAAUUCUUCUCGAAACUCGACUUGCGUUCGGGCUAUCAUCAGAUUCGUAUGAAAACGGUGACUGCCACAAGACAGCAUUCCGCACACAUGAAGGAUUGUAUGAAUUCCUGCCGCACUUGGGAAGAUCACAUGCUGCAUGUUACUCAAAUUCUGGAGAUUCUAAGAACCAACACCCUGUUUCUCAACCGAGAAAAAUGUGAAUUUGGAUGUAUCCAGAUAGCAUAUUUGGGACAUAUCAUAAGUGAAGAGGGAGUAGCAGCUGACCCUGAAAAGCUGAAAGCUAUGGAAACCUGGCCACCUCCUACGACGAUUAAACAACUCAGAGGGUUCUUGGGUCUUACGGGAUAUUAUCGUCGAUUCAUUCGAAAAUAUGGAUUGAUAGCAAAACCAUUAACAGAUUUGCUAAAAAAGGGGAAUUUUAAUUGGACUGAAGAAGCAGGGCUGGCUUUUAAACACCUCAAGCAAUUGAUGAUGUCUCCUCCUGUUCUAGCAUUACCUAAUUUUGCUAUUCCCUUUGUAGUUGAAACAGACGCUAGCGGAAGUGGAAUUGGAGCAGUACUAAUGCAGGAAAACCGUCCUAUUGCAUUCAUAAGAGGUCCCUUCCAAGUGAUAACAGUCCUUCUUCAACUACAAUUUAAACGUGGCAAAGAUAAUGUAGUUGCGGAUGCUUUAUCUAGAAGGGGUAAUGAAGUGCAAUGUGCGGGUAUUUCAGUUUACCAUUCACCAGUCAUCCAGAGGAUUAAUCAAACAUGGGCCACUGAUCCUAAUCUAAUUAAGAUCAUCCAGGAAAUCCAGGAAAAUGAAGAAGUUCAUAAGGAAUUUACCUUCAUAGAUGGUACGUUGAGGAAAAAUGGUAAGGUGGUGGGCUAUGAUCCUGAGCUUCGAACGAUACUCAUUGCUGCAAUGCAUUCUAGCCCGACUGGUGGUCACUCAGGUACUCUUGUCACCUGUAAAAAACUGCAAUUGGCAUAUUAUUGGGCAGGAAUGACACGAGAUGUUAGGGAAUAUAUUCGAUCAUGCGAUGUUUGUCAAAGAAACAAAGGAGAAACACAGGCUCCGAAGGGUCUUCUACAACCGCUGCCUAUUCCUAAUAAAUUCUGGGAAUCAAUAUCUAUGGAUUUCAUAGAACACUUACCUAAAGUAGGGGGAAAAACAGUGAUUUUUGUGGUGGUUGAUCGCUUAUCCAAAAUGGCACACUUCGUGGGUUUACAUCAUCCUUUCACAGCUAAAAAGAUUGCAGAAGUAUUCUUGGACAACGUCUUCAAACUCCAUGGAAUGCCGCUAUCAAUAAUAAGUGACCGAGACAAAAUCUUUAUUAGCAUGUUCUGGCGAGAGUUCCUCAAAAUGCAGGGUGUGCAUCAAGCCCUUUCUUCAGCUUAUCACCCACAAUCUGAUGGUCAAACGGAAGUCGUCAAUCGCUGUCUGGGAACAUAUCUGCGUUGUAUGGCAGGACAACGCCCGAAUCAAUGGGAUCAAUGGCUUCCCCUUGCGGAAUGGUGGUACAACACUAACUUUCACUCAGCCACUCAGGAAAACAUAUCACAAACUUUCCCCCAAAUUCUUUGGCCAUUUCGUAUAACAGAACGAAUUGGGGAAGUAGCCUACAGGUUGGAUCUAGGGCAGGAAGCUAAAAUUCAUAAUGUUUUCCACAUAUCACAACUGAAAAGUUAUCAUGGAACACCGAACAGGAUUGAAGACAUACCUAGUUUGGUGGUUCCAGACUGUAUCCCGGAAGAAAUUCGAGCUGAAAAACACUUGAUGAAGGAAGGCACUCGGCGUCGUCAGUUGCUCGUUAAAUGGUCAGGCAAAGAAGAAGAAGAAAACUCCUGGGAGGAUGCUGAGACGUUGGCUAUGGAACACCCUGAGAAAAUCCUAGAAUGGGGGCAGACAAGGAAGAGGUCGGUGAGACUUCGUUGA